CUGCCCGCUCCCGCGGCCCGCGCGCGCCAUGCUGACCUCGCGGACGUUCGUGAAGCGCACGCGGGCGGGCGCGGUGGUGAAGGUGGUGCGCGAGCACUACCUGCGCGAGGACAUCGCGUGCGGCGCCGCCGCGUGCCGCCUCUGCCCCCCCGCCACCGGCACCGCCAACGCGCCCGGGCUGGAGGCGCGUCCCAGCGGCGCCAGCAGCAGCCUCUGCCCCGGGCCGCACUUCCUCCUGCCCGACACCAACCUCCUCCUGCACCAGAUUGACGUCCUCGAAGAUCCUGUUAUUAAGAAUGUCAUUGUGCUACAGACAGUCUUACAAGAAGUCAGGAAUCGGAGUGCACCAGUAUACAAGCGAAUUAGGGACAUGAUUCAAAACCCUGAAAAACAUUUCUAUUCUUUCACCAAUGAGCAUCAUAGGGAAACGUACAUAGAGCAAAAGCGAGGAGAAACUUCGAAUGACCGCAAUGACAGAGCCAUUCGGGUAGCAGUAAACUGGUACAAUGAACACUUGAAGAAAAUAGAGGAUGAGGAGAAGAUUCAAGUUAUCUUUUUAACAAAUGACAGAACUAAUAAAGAGAAGGCUUUAGAGGAAGGGAUAACUGCUUAUACAUGUGAGGAGUAUAUAAAAAGCUUGACAGCUAAUCCUGAGCUUGUAGAUCGUCUUGCUUGUGUAUCUGAUGAAGGGAAAGAAAUAGAAAGUGGAAAAAUAAUAUUCCCAGAACAUAUUCCUCUUAGCAAAUUGCAGCAAGGAAUAAAAUCUGGUAUUUACCUCCAAGGAACUUAUAGGGCGAGCAGAGAGAAUUAUCUUGAAGCUACUGUUUGGGUUCAUGGAGAUGCUGAAGAAAACAGAGAGAUAAUUGUUCAGGGACUGAAACAUUUAAACCGAGCAGUUCAUGAAGAUAUUGUCGCCGUGGAGCUGUUGGCAAAAAAUGAAUGGGUAGCACCAUCCUCAGUGGUCUUGCAAGAUGAUGGCCAGAAUGAAGAUGACAUAGAAAAUGAAGAGGAGAAAGAAAACAUUCUGAAGACUGCUGUUAACAAGGACAUGCUGAGACCUACAGGAAAAGUAGUGGGCAUUAUAAAACGAAACUGGCGACCAUAUUGUGGCAUGCUUUCCAAAUCACAGAUCAAAGAGGCAAGGCGCCAUUUGUUUACACCAGCUGAUCGCAGAAUUCCUCGCAUUCGAAUAGAAACCAGGCAAGCAGAAACAUUGGAAGGACAAAGAAUAAUUGUUGCUAUUGAUGGUUGGCCCAGGAAUUCCAGGUAUCCUAAUGGUCAUUUUGUAAAGAAUUUGGGAAGUGCUGGAGAUAAAGAGACAGAGACAGAAGUUCUUCUACUUGAACAUGAUGUCCCGCAUCAGGCUUUUUCCCAGGCUGUUCUUAGUUUCCUACCAAAAAUGCCAUGGAGCAUUACAGAAGAGGAUAUGAAACACAGGGAGGACUUAAGGCAUCUGAAUGUUUGUAGUGUUGAUCCUCCUGGCUGUACGGAUAUUGAUGAUGCAUUACAUUGCAGAGAAAUAGAAAAUGGAAAUAUAGAGGUCGGUGUACAUAUUGCAGAUGUCAGUCAUUUCAUUCGCCCAGGAAAUGCUUUGGAUGAGGAGUCAGUAAAAAGAGGAACAACAGUAUAUCUGUGUGAAAAAAGGAUUGAUAUGGUUCCAGAGCUACUUAGUUCCAACUUAUGCUCCCUGAGAUCUAAUGUGGACAGACUUGCAUUUUCAUGUAUUUGGGAGAUGAACCACAAGGCUGAAAUUCUAAAAACCAGAUUUACAAAGAGUAUUAUUAAUUCCAAGGCUUCUCUUACAUAUGCCGAAGCACAGAUGAGAAUUGAUUCAGCAACUAUGAAUGAUGACAUUACUACCAGCCUUCGUGGACUAAACAAAUUAGCAAAAAUUCUGAAGAAGAAAAGAAUCGAGAAUGGAGCCUUAACACUUUCGUCACCAGAAGUUCGUUUCCACAUGGACAGUGAAACUCACGAUCCUAUUGAUCUGCAGACUAAGGAGCUCAAAGAAACAAAUUCCAUGGUUGAAGAGUUCAUGUUGCUUGCCAACAUUUCUGUAGCACAAAAAAUUUAUGAUGAGUUCCCAGAGUUUGCCUUGCUCCGGAAACAUCCUGCUCCUCCCCCAUCAAAUUAUGACAUCCUUGUGAAGGCUGCGAAGUCCAAGAAUUUGGAAAUCAAGACAGAUUCAGCAAAGGCUUUAGCUGAAUCACUAGACAAAGCUGAAUCUCCUACAUUCCCCUACCUAAAUACACUGUUGCGAAUUUUGACCACACGUUGCAUGAUGCAAGCUGUUUAUUUCUGCUCUGGAAUGGAUAAUGAUUUUCAUCACUAUGGUUUAGCUUCACCUAUUUAUACCCACUUUACCUCACCUAUUAGAAGGUAUGCUGAUAUUAUAGUGCAUCGGCUUUUGGCAGUGGCCAUAGGAGCAGACAGUACUUACCCAGAACUGACAGAUAAACAUAAACUAGCAGAUAUGUGUAAAAAUCUCAAUUACCGACAUAAAAUGGCACAAUAUGCACAAAGAGCAUCUGUCGCAUUCCAUACACAGUUAUUCUUCAAAACCAAGGGAGUAGUAAAUGAAGAUGCAUAUAUAUUAUUUGUAAGAAAAAACGCAAUUGUGGUUCUGAUCCCUAAGUAUGGGUUAGAAGGAACAGUCUUCUUUGAAGAAAAAGACAAACCAACACCAAAACUGGAUUACAACAAUGAGGUACCAUCACUUACUGUGGAAGACACAACAUUACAUGUAUUUGAUAAAGUUAAAGUGAACAUUACGUUAGAUGAUUCCAACAUCCAACAUCAGAAAAUGCGGAUGGUCUUGGUAGAACCGAAGAUACUAGGAAAGGAUGUGUCUGCAAAUCCAUCUACAGAGGCGAGCAGUGAGAAUGAACCGGAGAAAAAGAAAAAGAAGCUACAAAAAUAGUUGAAUAUCAAAGUUAACAAGAAAUCACACAAUUAUUUGCAUUUACUUAUUUUUUCCCUAUGGGCAAAAUGCAAGAAACUAGUUUUGUUUACUUUUUAAAUACGUAUUUUAAUAAUCUGUAAAAAAUUUUUUAAGCAACUUUUUUAUGACUAUGUAUGCAGAACAGUAUUUUUAAAACCAGCUAUUGUCUACACCUUUGUCUUGUGAGUGAAGAUAAAUGUUUCUGCAAAGUGAAGGAAUGAAUGCAGGGUUUCUUUUUAACAGCCUUAAGGUCAUUUGAGAGCUUGACAGAAGUUUGUAAGACCAUAAUACCAUAAUUACUAAGUGAGAGGAGAUGAUCUUUGCUCUCUUCUCUAAGGAAAACAGCCUUGCUUCCAAUUCUCUUCAAGAAGUAGAACUCCUUCCGAUCAGUCACAAUAUUAUUGGUUUAGGAGUCUUGCUAGAUAUGUAUUGUCUUUUGUAAUUCUUUUUUUCAGGUAGGUAAUCAAAGCACUUGUACUGUACCCAAGCAGGAAGUCACCCACCAAGUCAGCAUGCUAGGUAUGGUCUAAGAAACUUACUAAUGAGUUUAUGAAAAUCAGCAGCGGACGAUUUUCCCCAAAAAAUGUCCUUCUCCACAGGCACACAUUUAAAAAUUUAGCAAUAAAAGAAAGCAGCAAGAACAACAGAAACAAAAAUAAGAGACAGACUCCAAUACAUCUGAAGCCUCACAACUACCAUUCACAUAUGUACCUCAGUUUCCUCUGAAAAAACCUGCCUUUGUCUUAAAACACAUUAAUUUUAUUGCCACCUUAAGAUAAUUUUUCCUGCGUUUAUUCUCCAUUUUCGACAUACUUGAAAUGACACUACAUUAACAUCUUUAAUAUCACCUCACUGUCUCUCCCCUCAGGCUCCCUGGAACCAAACAAAAUGGGGAAUGGAUGCUUUAGAUGGGAAGCCUCUCACUUUUGUAUCACAAUUUAACUCCUACCUUUGUUCUAAGCAUCUGAGAUUUAUUCUGAAAAACUACAGUAUUCACAUCAUUUUCUCUGCAGCUGUUUUCAGCCCCCGCAGUAUCCAUAAUGCUGUUUCCGUAAGUCUGUGUGUUGUAACCACUGUCCACCUGAAAUCAAGAAGCAGGGCUUGAAAAAUGUACUGUAAUUGUAAUACCAAUAAAUCCCUCAGAUACUUGA